AAUCAGAAAUGGAAUCAUAUUGGGUUUGGACGAGUGUUGCUACUUUGCUUACGUGCUAUAUUUUUGUAAACAUUUUUCUAAGGAGGUUGAAUGGGUGGUACUAUGAUCUGAAACUAAGAAAGAAACAACACCCAUUACCUCUUGGUGAUAUGGGAUGGCCUAUAAUUGGCAAUUUAUUGUCUUUCAUCAAAGAUUUCUCAUCCGGUCACCCUGAUUUAUUUAUCAAAAACCUUGUUACCAAAUAUGGACGAACUGGUAUCUAUAAGACUCAUUUACUUGGGAUGCCAACAAUCAUUGUGUGUGUACCUGAUUUGUGCAAGCGCGUAUUGACAGAUGACAUGAACUUUAAGUUUGGUUAUCCAAAAGCAACCUUAAAAUUGGCACCAUCUAAAACCUUAUAUGAUGUCUCUACAGCAGAACACAGGCGUUUAAGACGCUUAGUUACUGCUCCUAUUGUGGGUCAAAACUCGUUAACGAUGUACAUAGAACGUAUUGAGGAGAUUGUGAUUGAUUCGUUAGAAGAAAUGUCUAGCAUGAAACACCCAGUUGAGAUCUUGAAAGAAACGGAGAAUGUUUCUCUUAAAGUCAUCCUUCACAUUUUCAUGGGUUCUAAGAAUGAUUACUUGGUUAGCAGAAUUGGAGAUUUGUUCAGUGAUAUGCAUAAUGCCAUAUUCUCCCUCUUUCCCAUCAAUCUUCCUGGUUUUGCUUUCCACAAAGCACUCAAGGCACGCAAGAAGUUGAUGAAGAUACUUGAGUCUAUUGUGGAAGAACGGAGGUCAACGAUGAAAAAGGAUCAAAAGGGAGACAAAGAAGAUCUCAUUGAUAUUCUUUUACAAAUCGAUGGCGAGAAUGGUGAGAAAUUGGGGGAUGAGGAUAUUAUUGACUUAUUGAUAGGGUUAUUAUUUGGUGGUCGUCAAAGUACAGCAUUUGGAAUGAUGUGGACAUUGAAAUAUCUUGCACAGCAUCCUCACCUCUUUCAAAAAGCCAAGGAUGAGCAGGAAGAAAUCAUGAAGACAAGACAACCAUCGCAAAAGCAUCUAAGUUUUAAGGAAAUUAAGCAAAUGAACUAUACAUCUCAGGUAAUCGAUGAAAUGUUACGCCAUGCCAACCUUGCCUUUACAAGUUUUCGAGAGGCAACUGCUGAUGUGAACAUCAAUGGUUAUAUUGUACCAAAAGGAUGGAGAGUGCUGGCUUGGGUAAGCGCUAUUCAUAUGGAUCCAGAAUAUUAUUCAAAUCCAGAAGAAUUUAAUCCAUCUAGAUGGGAUGAUUACAAUGCCAAAGCAGGAACAUUUCUUCCUUUUGGAGCAGGAAGCAGAAUUUGUCCAGGAAGUGAUCUAGCCAAACUUGAAAUUUCAAUAAUGUUACAUUAUUUUCUCCUUAAUUACAAGUUGGAGCUAGUAAAUCCACACUGUCCUCUUGCUUGCUUGCCAACAAUUAAGCCCGCAGACAAUUGUUUGGCUAAGGUGACAAAGAUCUCAAGUCCUUAGCUAGAAAAGCAAAUUUAAGUUUUAAGCUACAUGGCUUGCAAAUUAUAGCUAGCCUUGACUUCUUAUGUCAUUAUAAGAGUUAUAAUUUCCUACUUUGCUAUUUUUGUUGGCUUUUUGUGACUGUAAAAAAUUUAGAAGAAUUGCACCUAAGGAUAAAUUUAUCCAAUGAAGAUAAGAGUGUUAAUCAUAGCUGUCAUCAUUAGCAUAUAGUCUAGAUGCUCAAAAUUCAAAUUAUUUCAAUGUAUAUAUGCUAAGCACAUAUAUACAUUUAGUAUGUAACUUCAAAUUAAGCACAUGUAUAGUUUUUACUUUUUUAAGGUAAGCAAAAAAACAUUAAAUGUGUUUUCUUAUUUUGGCAUUAAGUUUCAUUUUGUAACAUCUCUCCCGUGUAUACAGUUUGAUUCUUUAUUC